UCGGAGCGUUUGUCACCUGCUCAGCCAAUCUUUACUGUGUUGAUUGCAAUGUUAUUGCUGCUUGAUGACACCGAUGCUUCUAGCGCUGCAAAUUUCGAUGCCGGUGUUAGAACGCGCAAGGAACCGGAAAAGUAUAAGAAGGUUGUAAAGGAGCAUGUGGAG